CGGGCGGAUUUCAGUGGCCUAGAGUGCAGUGCGAUGGUAGGGCGAGGGGGCUGUCUGGAUCGGGGUGUGUAUGACCAGUCAGGAUAUACACAUCGGUCUCAGGUGACAAGAUACACGCAGUACAGAGAAAGGGGGAAAGGGCGAAUCCAACCCUGAUAGAGCUGCUCUUGAGGCUCUGCACACACCAUGUACCUGAACGUCAACCUUACCCCGCCCCCCUCUGCAGCGGGGGAGGGAUCCUGCACCACGCCCAAGACACCGGAAAUCCUGAACUCCCUUAUCAACCUGACCAGUCCGCCCCUCCCGCACUCCUAUGCCCACUACCAGACACAGGUGGAGGGCGGAUCCCUGGUGAGCCCCGUGAGCGAGCUAGGCAGUCCCCUGGAGGAUGGAGGAGCAGUCACCACCCUCAGCCCUCAGGAAGGUCCAUUAGGAAGAGGCAGGAGUGAGCACAGUACACCCCGUCACCUAUCCCAUGGUGGCGCAGGAGGAGGAGGAGGAGGAGGAGGAGGAGAAGGAGGAUCAGGAGCAGGAGGAGGAGCAGGAGGAGCAGGAGGUCCCUAUCCUGGCGGAGGCGGUGUUGGAGGAGGAGGAGGAGGCGGAGGAGGAGGUGGAGGAGGUGGUCUGGUGGGCGGGUCCCCUGGCACCUCAGGUAUGGGAGGUCCCCUGGCUGGGUCCUCCCCGCCCUCCACCCCGGACCUCCCCUCCCCCGUCAGCACAGUGGAAGCCACCAAGUCCGCGCUCAUCAAGGAGGGCCUCAAGCUGCAGAUCCGCACUAAGCUCCAGGCGGCGGGCGUCGACAGCCCCGAGAACUUCCUCGAGGACAGCAAGAGUAUCAAGAGCGAGACGGAUGACCUGACGGAGGAAGACGAGGAGCGACGGCGGCGGCGGCGGGAGAGAAACAAGAUCGCCGCCACCAAGUGUCGUAACAAGAAGAAGGAGAAGACCAUCGUGCUCAUGACAGAAUCGGAGUCGGUGGAAGAUAUGAACGUGCGCCUCAAGACGGAGAUCCAGCGCCUCACGUCCGAGAAGAUGAAGCUGGAGAAGAUCCUUCGGGACCCCAACCACCGGGCGUCGUGCCGGCACCCGCCCCGGUGUCCCAAGGGCGCCGCCGCCUCGUCCGCGCGCGCGCACCAGCAGCCUCCGAAGCCUCCUCUCGUCAUCGUCACGCCAGCGGAGUCCCCCGACGCGGGCCUCGUCUCCCCCUGCUCCUCGACCUCCUCCUCGUCUUCCUCUUCUACCUCCUCCUCCUCUUCGUGUUCGUCGGAGAGUCCCACGUCCCCGCCCCUGUGCAGUCCGCCCUCCUCCCUCUACAAGACGCCCUCCGUUCCCUGCUCCUCGCCCCCCGGGAUGCCUGGGUGCCCCUCCUCCUCGUCCCCCUCCACACCCACGUCCCCCCCUUCCUCCUCCUCCUCCUCGUCUUCCGCGCAGUUCCUAGCGCCCAAAUACAGCGCGUCGGCUGGCCAGGCGCAGCGCCACCACCCGUACCAGUUUCCACACGCGCGCCCUUCCUUGCCUCACGCUUCGUCAGCGCCGACGUCCGAAGGCAAGCAUUUCCCCUGCCCGCCGUCCCCGACCCCGUCGCCGUCGCCGUCCCCUUCCUCGUGCACAGGCAAGGCGGCAGGCUAUGGCUAUCAGUGCCUGGGCCAAGUCACGCGCCCGCACGAGUUCACGCCCCCCAACGCCCUCCCGCCCCUCAAGCCCCUGUACACGAGCCCGAAGUCCCGCGGCGGCUCGGGGCUCGUGCGCUACAGUCCCUACGGCGGCCGCCACCCGCCCGUCCCGUCCCCGCUGGCCACCCACGCCCACCCGCAGCCCGGAAACCUGGCCUGUGGCGACGCCUACGGCCAGCCCGCCCCCCAGAAUAACAAUAACGGCAACGCCAACAACAACAAUAAUAAUAACAACGGCUGCGGGCGAGAGGACCAGGCCUACGUGACCGACAUGCACACCAACCAGUUUUUCCCUCCGUGUACGUACAGCAGUAUGUGACCCGCGCUGGGAGGCUGGUAGGAAAACCCGAUAGCCAGCUGUUAUCUUUUUUUUUUUUUUAGAUAGGCCUAGCUAUUUUUAAGGAAAAAAAUAAUAGAAGAUAUAUAUUUACGAGCGUAUGCGCGGGUCUUAAUAUUUAAAACCCUCUUUUUUUAAGGGGGGCUCUUUAUUCGGCGGUCUUUCAACUUGGUCUGUCGGACCUCUCGUCAAGAUAGAGAAAGAGCUGUUAUGGCCUAGGACCGCUACUUUCAAUAUUUUUUUUUUCUCUCUUUCUCCUUUUGAUAAGAAUCUGCUAAAGAUAAGAUUGCUUUCGCCGUGGCUGCCCGGCCGUCGGCCCCACAACACUAAGUUGAGCUUGCAUUGUAAUUUUUUGCUGAUGGUCUACUCUAUUUUCGUUGCAUGUUUGUUAUUAUCUCACAUACAGGACCUCGUGUUUCUUUUCUUCUUGGUAUAAGAGAUUUUUUUUUUUUUUUUUUACUUCUUCUUCUUCCAGUGAAAUGAAAAAAGCGUUUUCACGAUCCCCAAAACUAGGCAGGAUUUGCCCCGCCGUAUCCAACAUGACAUGCGUUCACCUCACUGUAUUUCCUUGUCCUUCUCAGAUCCCCGUGUUAUAUAUUGAGUGCCGGGUGUUUUUUUAAUGAAUAUAUAUAUAACAUGUAGUGUGCGUGUUCUUUUUUGCGUUUCCGCGAGAAAAGGGAAAAACUCCAGGACGUGCUCAUUUAGAAGAGUUCCUUGAAGUUUUCUUAGAUUGCAUAACGGAAGUGUAGAAUACUUCCUCUAUUUCCCUCCUUUUUUUUCCCCUGUCUAUCUCUUUUUUUUCUCUCUUUGAAACUCUGAAAGGUGUUUGUAAUACUUGAUCCAUACAUAUAUAUUUUUAUUAGCUUUUAUUUUCGUAAAGGAGAAAAAAUGAUCGCGACGAUUUUUUUUUAUGAGAUGUGGAUGAACGAUUUAGGUACAAAACUCCAGAAACAUUCCUCUCUCCCUGUUCGAAACGAUGGCGAGGGCAGGGCUGGAGGGGGGAGGGGAACGCCUCUCCCCUCCGCCCUCUGCCCCGCCUACACACGUCAGGAUUCCUAGGGUUCCUGUAGAGACGAGGGGCGUCUUCGGAUGCCCUCAACACACGAAAAAUUUCCUGGGUUUCCUAACCCUGAGACGCAGACCUUGAGCACACUGUAGGCAGGACACAAGAGAUGCCGCCAAGGUGGACAAACCAGAAUUCGUGAAGUAGGAAAUGCGCGAAGUCAGAAUUUUCACGACAUAGGAAAGCGCGAAGUAGGAAUUCAUGAAGCAGGAGUACGCGUAGUUAAAUGACAUGAAGUAGGAAUUCACGAAGUAGGUAAACGCGAAGAAGGAAUUCACGAAGCAGGAGUGCGCGGAGCUAAUUUGCAUGAAGUAGGAAUUCGCGAAGUAAGAAUUCACGAAAUAGGAAUACGCUAAGUAAGAAUCCAUGAAGCAGGAGUGCGCGAAGUAGGAAUUCACGAAGUAGGAAUGCGCAAAGGAAGAAUUCAUGAAGCAAGAUAGGCCAGUCACUGGACGCGCCCGUUUCCCCAGACCGCAGCGCUCCCGCAGCUGGUGGGCCCCUGCCCCCCCAACACCCACUAGGUGCGCUGGCCGAGUGGCUGCAGCUGCCCCGUGUCCCCCCACUCCCCGUCAGAGCAGGCUCGAGUCUCCAGUUCCCUCUCACCCCGUAGGCGACCGCGCGGCCUCACACGACCUCCUCGCCGAGGGACACGUGUGCACCGCCGCGAGCCAGACGACUCACCGAACCGCCACUGACCCCACGUCCGUUUGUCUGUCGUCGUCGUGUUAUAUGUAUCUUUCCCUUCGUGUUUGUGAAGGUGUUUGUAUACUACCCAUCCCCCUCCCCCUUCCCGCGCUCCAUGUGUCCCAUGUAUCCCCGCCUGCGUGUAAAAGCAAGUGUCCUUGCAGUUCAUCCCGGGCGUGCGUGCGUGCAGGCACAGCCCACGUUUUCACUCGAUAGGCAGGUCAGGGGCGCCGGUAUCACCCCCCUGCCAGUACACCUCCUUCCCCUAACCUCAGCGCUCCUACGAGAGUCCCUGACAGCAGGCUGUCUAGGGGAACUUUACACGCCCCUUCUGAAGUCCCUAAGCGUCCUUUGUCUUCGUCGACAGUCGUUUUCGCGUCCAGUUGAUAUGACUCCAUGGUCUCCCAGACACGAAAGGAAAAAAACAAAGGAAAAGUCACUUCUCGAUUUGCGAAAUCAGACGACCAAAUGCGCCCAGAGCACGGAAUCCUUAAAGCAUCAGUCCAGAGGUAGGCAAGAGUCUCGUCGACCUCCCGAAAUCUCCGCGUGUCUGCCGUCCCGACCGCGGCUUCUCCCCGACCGCGGAUCUCAAGGUAGGGCGCGAGGGCUGUCAUUAGCCGUCGCGUCGGAGUCAGAUAUUUGUUGCGCGCUUGCUCCUUCCUUCCACCUGUUCCUUUAUCCUGCCUCUUUUCCCUUUGAUCUUCCCAUCCCCAUUUUCUUUUUUUUUCCCUUCUUCUCCAUCUACCUUAGAGGACAGAAGCGGAGGAAAAGAAGAAGAGGACGAGGAGAAAGAAGAAAAGGGGGGAGACGACACCCAGAAGAACCUAAACUCUCAGUCGUCUGGGAGGACACACAAGAGGAAACAACUCCCCGGAAAGAGAAAGCAAAAAAGCAAAAGUGAAAGAUGGAAUAAGAAAAUAACCCAAAAAGGAAUAAGGAAAAGAUGGACACACGAAUUAAAAGGAAACCCAAAAAAUAACGAAGACGAGAAAACCUUCAAGAAACCCGUGACAGCGACCUCCUUGGCUGGUGGCGAAGAAUGUUCGUCCCGGCCCACACUGUUGCCAUACGCCUGCACAUUCGAAACGAGAUAGGAAAAAAUGUUACCAAGUUAAUGUUAACAGAAGCCGUCCUUGCUCCCUCUCACGUGCCCAGAGUGCCCGGGAGAGAGAGUUUUAUAUAUAUUUUUUUCUCUACAUAUCGGAUUUUCUACAUCACCUACAACGACAAUGUGAAGACAGUUCUUCACGACCGACUUUUCACUGGAAUUACGUAGAACGGACGGCCGCGGUGGGGUGGGGCAGAGCUGGAGGAAGACAUGGUCACUCAACUCACAACUCUCACUCUGGCAAACUCUGAUGAUGAUGGUGAUGAUGAUGGUGAUUAAUGAUGAUGCUGAUGAUGAUGGUGAUUGAUGAUGGUAGAAGCCAAGCCAUUUUUUUCUUUUUUUUUUUUGAAAUGUGAGAACUAUGAAGCGUCAUCGAUGGAAGAUGGGAUAAAAAAAAAAGUUGUCCCAUCUAUCGAGAUAUCUAUUGGAAAAGAAAGAUGUAAUUUUCACCAUUUUUCUGACUAUACUCACGCUGCCCACCACACUACCGCCACACUCGAUCACACACAAGCUUUUAUAUUUUCGACGACUUGAAGCGAAAACAAAACGAACGCUUUUUUAUUUUCAUUUUUUUGUCCCAACGACGAAAGAGAUUUUCCUUCAAAAAAGGAAAAGUCUCUUCCCUUCGAAAUUUUUUUCUUUUUAAAUCCUUUCCUUUUCCCUUUCAACUUUUCAUCAAACGACGCCCCGAUAUAGAGACCACGCGCCCUUUUUUUAAAAAAACAUUUUUAUUUUCCUUUAUUUUAAAUUUCCUCAUAAUAUCCUCAUCCCCCCCAUUUUUCUUUUCAUUUUCAUUUAUAAAUCCCCUUUAUUUUUUGUUUUCAACCCCACACCCCCCCGCCAUUAACCCCCUCCCCCCCUUAAAGCUCUCCCCCCACACACACCCCCCUCCACACCCCCAGGCCACCGAGAACGUGCGGACCUUUGCCUGCGCGCCAGUAGGCCUGGUCCCCGCCUUCUGUGCCCGCGUCACCUCGCUGUUUCCACCGCCUCCCGCCGCUUCCUUUGUCGCCGCGCCCUCUGGCCUUGGCGACUGGCGAGCGGGUAGAGCGAGUGUGCGUGCGAGCGUGCACGCAGGCAACAUUCCACGUGCCAGGGGGAGGGCAGGGAGGGAGAGCAGGGGGAGGGGGGAGGGGGGAAGGGGCAGAGGGCGCUGGUCUUGGGUGACGAAGAUAGCCAACAAGACCCCGAAGACUAUUUUCCUUAGAGUCUUCUGCCUGCGAUUAUAAGCGGGCAUACCAUAAUCAGACGUACUGUAUACAUCUUGUAUUAUAUACAUCAUAUAUAUAUAUUACGUAUAUCAUAUUCGAUGCUGCUCAAAGCGUGCAAAAUACAAUAUGAACUUAUUAUAUUGGCAGAUUUCCUUUUUUUUAUAUUAUUCUGGAUAAUCAUGUAUAUUUGAAAAAAAGACACAUUUUCUUCUCUCAAGCAUACUCUCAACACUGCUAAUGUGCUAAAAAAAUAUUUUUAUAAACUGCUACGUCAAAGAAAAGCAGAUUAUUAAAAUUCGCAAUAUUCGUAAA